UGGGGAAGGGUAAUAUAGUGACAUGGCUACACUUCCUCCUACUGUGUUGAUGGAAAAAGAUGAUAUUCCCGGAGUUCUCGACUUCCACUGGCCAAGACACUGAGGAAACAUAUCCCUGAGUUGGUUCAGAAUUUAUCAUAGGCUACUAACGUCGGGAUUAUACAGAUAGUAUGCGUAUGAGUUACUAAAAUACUAUGCGUAACUGUACGCGGCGUUGACCACGUCGGUGUCUCCAUAUAACACCAGGUUAGCAUUAACAUCAGCAAACCCGUGCGCAUUUCAAUGAAACAGAGAUGGCGAAAUUAAUAAGGCAGUAACGCUAUCUACCGUUAAAUAGUUUAUAUCAGUCAAUGAUAACUAACUUAGAAGAUCAGUCCUACGAGGUAUUUGAUUGACUUUUGAUAGGUUACCCUCCUACUUCCUGUUGUGUCUCUCGUAGGUUUGUAGGUUAAUAUUGGCUUCCCGGGGGUAUUAAAGGCAAUGUCCUUUAUCAAUUAGGCUGCACGUUUCAACAGUUCAGAAAAAAAUCUCAUCACAUUAUUUUAACCGUCCGCUAGAAGGCUACAGUGCUACAAAAGUGGCUCGAUCCGAACACCACACUAUAACCAAUGAACAGGGGCAAGUAAGAGAGGAGAGUAAAUUGAUUGGCUGUUGAGCAAUACAAUACCCAUCUAACCUUUUAAUAAUUGCAUUUAAUAGGUUUCUUUACGUCCGGAUUAGGCUACUUUAGACUGUUUAUCUUAACGCAUUGGAUAGCUAUUAGUCGUUCUGGUUAAAUAAGCACUUAAAAUGUUGACUACUUUUAUUGUACAAACUAUUGUAGCCUACUACAACUGUGCCAACUACUGUGAACUAGUUUGAGCCAAAUGUAAUUAUUAUGUUACGGGUGUAGGCUAGUGAAAACUGACUGAUGGAUAAUUUCUAAUGCAGAUCAGUAAACCACUAGGUGCAGAGAACUAAGUUACUUCAUGAAGCUGGAAUCCCUCCACAGUGUUCUGAGUGCUGUGCCUCGUGGGCUGACAUUGGGUCCGUCUUUGGCAAAAGAUGGCGAGUUUGGUCUGUGGUGUGUUGGUCAGCCACUGCAGAAAGGCACAAUCCUAUGCCUUGAGGAACAAGCUGAUGUGGAGGAAAUCACUGAGAAACUUGGAGAAAAUACUUGUUUAACUAUUUCUAAGGAGCAGCUGUCAGACCGCCUGUAUUGGUUGAGGUUUGCUUGCAAUGCAAAACACAAGGAGGAGCAGAAUGUGAAGGUUUAUGAAGUCGAUGGAAAGUUGUGCCUACAGGCCUGUGAGAAUAUAAAUCCAGGGACAGAGCUGCUGUUUUGGUUGAAGGACAAUGCCAUUUCAUUAGAUAAGGAAAGGUCUGCUGCUAUGCCAGGCAAACCCUGCCAGGAAGGAAUCUAUCCCAAAUCAGGAGAUGACAAGCCCUUGGAGAAUAUUAUUGGAGAGCAGGAAGUGUUAUCUCCAGACCAUGAAGUUCUCACAGAGCACCUUGCAAACAUCGGGGUCAAGCCAAUCUUGGAGCAUUCCGAAGUCCCACCAUCACCAAAGAAUGAAGAAAAAGAUUCUGUAGAGCUUGGGAUCCAGAAGAGUAAACCUUUCUCCAGAAUGAAAAAGACACCAAAACUAGCCAAUCAGACCUGUCAAUCAAAAAAAGAUAUAGAAGAUGGUUGUGAAAAUGACAAUACAGAUAGAAUCAAUAUGCAAACUGUCAAAAUACCCUCCUUGAACUUGGCUCAAUUAUCUGAUAUUACUAUGGUUGAAAAGAAUCAAACUACAGUGGUUGAAAAUUGUGAUAGGAAAGAUAUUGAGGCAGUCUCUGGGCCUACUAGAGCCAGCUGCCGUCUCGCUGCUAAACCCAGAAAGGUCCACACACUUGUUAGUCGCAUUCACAAGCGUCUACAGGAGCGUAAAGUCAGGACCCUGCAGCAGCAAGCAAAGGAGAAGCAACCAUCUAGAAAUUCUGCCGAUGAUGGACAUGCUGUCCAAGAGCAAGGUUUGGAAGACAAAGAUGCCAGCCAUGCAAUCAAAACUGAUGAUGGGAUGGAUAAAGCUACAUUGAAACUGGCUAUGGAUUCUUUGGCGUUGAAACCCAAUCUCUUGCAACUUAACAUGCGAGAAAGAAGGUACAAAUGUGAUCAGUGUGACAAGAGUUUCUUUCAGUUGUGUCACCUGAAAAAGCACAAGUUCACUCAUUCUGACUUAAAACCCUACCUUUGCACAGAAUGCGGAAAGAACUAUAGUUCCCAAGAGAGUUUCCGUGCUCACGUUUUGAUGCACCGGGGAGAGAGGCCAUAUAAAUGCCAACAGUGUGACAAGAGGUACGGCUUAAAGCGAGACCUGAAGGAACACGAGGUGCUGCAUACAGGAGAGAAGCCCUUCGUCUGUGAUGUGUGUGGCAAGGCCUUUGCCCGGCGGCCCUCCCUCCGCAUCCACAGAGAGGCACAUAGGGCAAAGGAGGCGAAUUACCACCCUCCCAAGAUCAAGUGUCCUGAAUGUGGCAAAGAGCUGGCCAACUCCGGCUCCCUGAGGAACCACAUGCGACUGCACACAGGGGAGCGUCCGUACCCCUGCCCUCACUGUGGCAAGACGUUCCGCCAACGAGGCAACCUGCUCGGGCAUCUGCGCAUCCACACGGGAGAAAAACCCUACAAGUGUGACUAUUGUGACCAGCACUUCUCCCAAGUGCCUGAACUUCGACGGCACCUCAUCUCUCACACCGGUGAGGUGUACCUCUGCACUGUUUGUGGGAAGGCUCUGCGCGACCCUCAUACACUGCGGGCCCAUGAACGCCUGCACACAGGUGAAAGGCCUCACAAGUGCAAUGUCUGUGGAAAGGCCUACACCAUGGCCACAAAACUGAGGCGGCACAUGAAGUCUCAUUUGGAGGAUAAGCCAUAUAAAUGUCAGAAAUGCGGUGCGGGCUACACUCUCAUGCAGAGCCUCAUUCGUCAUCAGCUUUCUCACAAGAAGAAACUGGACGAAGUCCUGGAAACUCAGGAGACAGAUCAUCCAGCCCCAGUAAGAGGGCGACCCCGAAAGACAGUACAGAGGUGUCUAACAAACACGUGGUCAAAUGACCCCGAGAAGAAUACAGAAAACCAAACAAUGAUGUAUGUUCAAACUGUCGAGGAGCUGGUAGUCGUUCCCCACACAGAUGAAGUGAUUGUUAGCUCUGGACCAUUCCAUGAGGGUAUGGUUCUAAUGGAAAAUGGAGCAGAGCAAGGGGUCAGCAGAAUCCAGUUAAAUGAGGACAUUAUUGAGAUUAUUGUCUCAGAUUCGGCAUCUAAAUGUAUAAUGUUACAAGAACAGGAGGUACAAAGUAACAUGGUUAUUCUGCAAGGCGAGGAUGGACUUAAUUCUGUGGCUGAAACCAUUGAGAUUGAAUCAGGGAUUUAAUAUUAAAUUCUAUGUAUGUUAUGUAUGUCCAUUCUUCCUAGCAUAUAGCAUAUAAUCAGUUUUGUUGUACAGGUGUUGCUGAAAUGAUUAAAGUUUGUUUUGUGAUACAAGCCCUUGCUGUUGUUUUGUGAUUGGAGAGAGUUGAAAGUAUGCAAAUAUUGACAUUGGUGAGCUGGACCUUGUAUCAUCAGUAUUUGUAUGAAACGUUUCCAACAAAGCAGUGAUGGAACAGGGAGUUAGGCAAUAAUAAAAAGUUUUAAUAGGUA